AUGGGUCUCCAUACCAAGCUUCAAGAGCGUGUUCGAGGCAACGUUCAGGAAUUCCGACAUGCUUUUACCAGCAAAGAUGCCUUUGUGACUUACCUGGAGACCAACCCUGACGCUGUCCACGAAGCGGGCGAGACCCGCAACAAAUGGACGAACGAAGACCUCGACGUGAGCCCGAAGAGCCAUCAAACAUGGAGUUGGUAUGACUAUUCCGCUUUCUGGUGGUCGUAUGGCUUCUCACCAGGGUGUUGGUAUCUUGGAGCGGCGCUGCUUGCGAUCGGGUUGACUCCAGGUCAAUCGUUGGGAUGUCUGUUCCUUGGAUUCUUCUUUGGUUCGGUCGGGAUCGUCAUGCAUUCGCGAGCUGCAGCGGUUUACCACUUCGGCUUUCCAGUCGAGACCCGGAUUGUUUGGGGUCUUCGUGGCGGAUACUUUCCUGUCGUGAUCCGUGCCCUGUGUGCACUCAUCUGGGGCGGCGUCAGCAUCGCGCAGGGCGGAUACUUCACGGCGAUCGUGAUACGAUGCAUCUUUGGCAAUGGCUACUGGAACAUGCCCAGUCACAUCCCAAAGAGCUCGAAUAUCACAGUGCAGCAGCUCAUAGGAAUGCUUGUGUAUUGGGUCUUGACUUGCUGGACACUCAAUAUCCCCAUCCCUAAGCUCCGGCGAGCAUAUGAGGUUCAAAUGGUCGUUCUGCCUGCCGUGAUCAUUGGUCUUUUCGGAUUUUGUAUGGUCAAGGGACGAGGAUAUCCACACAAGGACAUGUACGACGUGGACCGAAAGCAUGGCGCGGCGCUGUCGUGGGCAAUGCUUACGGCCGUCAACUCGGGGUUGGCCAAAUCAACCACCCUCAUGGUCAACCAACCUGACAUCGCACGUUAUGCGCGCAGCAGGAUCACUCCGAUCUGGUCCCAGAUGUUCAUGUUUCCCAUAGCCAGUACCGUCUGCGCAGCCAUGGGUAUAUACGCCACCCAGAGCAUCUUCAAUAUAUGGGGCAAUAUGGACUGGAAUCCGUGGACUCUGAACCACGACAUGCUCGACCACAAUUUCAGCCACGCGAACCGGGCCGGGGUCUGCAUCAUCAACCUUUGCUUCAUCUUCGGAAACGCUCUGACCGAGCUGGGAGCAAAUGUCAUUCCCUUUGGAGCGGACUUCAUGUCCCUAUUCCCUAGAUGGCUCAACAUCAAACGAGGCAUGUGGAUGGCCUACAUCCUCGGAAUUUGCAUUUGUCCAUGGCAGAUCUUGGCGACAGCUCAAGGAUUUCUCAAGUUCUUGAACGGGUACAGCAUUUUCCUGGGACCGUUUCUCGGAAUGGCCUUGACCGACUACCUUGUGGUUCGCAAGGGCAAUGUCUUCGUGAAGGAUCUGUACCUAGUCGGGGGCAGGUAUUGGUACUUCCACGGCGUGGCCUGGAGGCCGAUUGUGACAUGGAUUGUCUCUAUUGCUUUCAUGCUUCCCGGGUUUGCGGGAACCUUUGGCAGCAACGUAGCAAUCGGCUGGACUCACCUGUAUGCCUUCAGUUGGUUUUACACAUGUACGAUCAGCAGUGUCCUCUAUUUUGCCUUGUCAUUUGUCGGGAAUUACGCUAGCGAGGAAAAGACCAUGUCGUUCGAGAGUCUGGCAAAUAUUGGUGUCGAGGAGCUGCAGGGCGUGGAUACAGGUACUGACGUAUCUGAGGUCAAUCUUCGUGUGGAAGAGAAGGUCUGA